AACAACUGACUGUAGAAACCUCAUUUCUCAAUCCAGUCGAGGUAGUAGGCUGCGGAAAUUCAUUGAGUGACUGUGGUGGUCACGAACAACAGCAUGCUCGCACGGCACUCACGCACGACAAUUCGUUCUGAUAAGAGUGGUCACCGGUGCCCCUAAGUGUAUCGAACUUUACGGUUUGUACAGUUUUUUUUCGAGGUGGUUACUUUCAAAAAACGCGCGUAGGAACUUUACUUUUUUUUUGCGGAAGACGAUGAGUUAGUUUCUCGUGUUUUUUGGAAAAAGUGCGUUUCUUGAGGAGUAAUGUGAAAACUUAAAAGCAAAAUGAUCUCACUUCUGCUCAUUCUGACGUACUCCACGUGUGUCCUUGGAUACGGAUAUGACGCAGGAUCUGAUCACGCUGCGUGCGGAAAGAACUUCCGGCAAUCUCGAGCGUUUCAACCGCCAUGCAAUUUAGCGGAAGAGAACUACUGCACCCAAGCGGGUUCCAGGUAUCCUUGGCAUGCGGUGAAACGUUUUGUCAGGGAAAACCAGGGCCUCAUGAGACGAAUGUACGGAGACCAAAGACACUCGUCUGUCAUUAAAGAGGAAUUUGAUCCGGACGAGUUCGACCUGGACCAGUUCAACGAAAUCAAUCACAGGUACAGGAGAUUCAAUAACGAACGUCCUGCAAAAGACGACACGUUCCAAGGACGUUUUAUGCAAAACGAUUUUGAUUGGAACGAACUCUAUUUCGUGGAUGGCGACGAAGAAGAAGAAGACGAGGAGGAAGAGGAAACUCAAGGUCGAGCAUUCUCUUCAGACGAUGUUAGAUCUGGAGAAAUGCUCAACGCGAAGUUUGUCUAUUCGGAAGAAGGUGAAAUUGUGAAAGCCCAAGUGAUGGAGAUUAAAAAUAUACCGAUGUUUCGAGAAUCUAGCACAAGUUCGUCAGGUUCCACGGAAGCUUCGACAGUAGCAGUUAGCAAAACCAAAGCUUCAUUAUCAUCAUCAACGACACAAACAACGAAAGAUGUGAAAGUAACAACCAAUAAGGAUGCAGUGAACGUGACAGAAAGUAAUGAUCAAUUGCAGCUCGAAACAGAAGUGAAAAUUACAAACGGAAGUUCUGCGCUUCCUGUCGAAAAUAAUAACAAUACAAAUGGUUUUGACACGUCCACUGAAUCCCUAAAUGCGACAAAAAAGCUGGCGCUCAAAUUAGCUGAUGAUGAUGAACAGAGCUCCAUCAGUACCAUUUCGCCAACUCCUUCAACUACCACAACAACUGGGGAAGUUCUUUUUCAAGAUUUGGAAGAACAUUCCACAAAGAGAGCGCCCCAGAGCAAUCGAAUUAAUUAUGAAAAACUAAAGGGAGUGAACGCAUGUCCAGUAAAGGAGGAAGUUGUAGCCCCAUUCUGGGCCAACAACACUCGAGGUGAAGUUUUAGCCCUAUUGAACCUGUAUCCCUUCGAACAGUAUGUCCACUGGGAAAAGUGUACUUACGAACACAAACAAAUGUACUGCAGGGAGGGUUGUAGAUGUGAACAGCAGUAUCGACUGCAUAGACUUUUGGCCUACGACCCCAAUAACGAAUGCAGGGGAAUUUUUUCGGACUGGUUUAAAUUUCCGUCAUGUUGUGUUUGCAAAUGUUACAAUAUCCCAACGGAUUUUCGGGUCACCUCACGGAGUCCCAGAAGAAAGACUAAAGAUUUGGAUAUAGGCAAAGAAUUACCAGAGUGGAUUAAAAGCAGAGCAAAACUACAAGUUUGAAAACUGAAAGUUGGAGAGGAUGAGGAACCUGUAAAUAUGUAAAUAUGAAAGAUAUUGUAUUAUAUUUUUAUGUUU